AUGCUGUUCAAUAGAUCGACUUCAAGAACGCUAAAAAAGUUGGUUUCCUCCCCAGGUAAGUCGUUGCGAGCAUACUCUAGCAAGGCAAAAAGUAUCGAGGAUUUUUUAUCGUCAGAAUCAGCGAAAGUAGAAAAAUGGUGGGCUUCAAGGAGAUUCCAAAAUGUUUCUCGUCCUUAUUCCGCCAUUGAUGUUGUGAAGCACCGAGGCAGUCUGCCUGCAAAUACUUCAGUUUACCCUUCAUCGCAUCAAGCUCGAAAACUGUUCAAUUUAUUGGAGGAAAACUUCAAGAGGGGUACGCCGCUUCAUACGUUAGGGGUCAUUGAUCCUGUACAGAUGAGUCAGUUAGCCCGUUGUAAAAAAAUUAAAGUCGCUUACAUUUCAGGUUGGGCUUGUUCUUCUACGUUAGUAGGGUCUACAAAUGAAGUUUCCCCAGAUUUUGGCGACUAUCCAUACGAUACGGUGCCAAAUCAAGUGGAGAGAAUAUUCAAGGCACAGGGAUUGCAUGAUCGAAAGGCUUUCCUAGAGGCCUCCAUCAAAGGCUCUGCCCCUGUUGAUUACUUAAAGCCAAUUAUCGCAGACGCGGACAUGGGUCAUGGUGGGCCAACGACAGUGAUGAAAGUGGCCAAAUUGUUUGCAGAGAAGGGAGCAGCCGCUAUUCACCUUGAAGACCAGAUGGUAGGUGGUAAACGAUGCGGCCAUCUCAGCGGAGCUGUUCUGGUACCUACAGCAACACAUCUAAUGAGGUUAAUCUCUACUAGGUUUCAGUGGGAUAUCAUGGGUACAGAAAAUUUAGUUAUUGCAAGAACCGACUCUUGUAAUGGCAAAUUGUUAAGUUCAAGUAGCGAUCCAAGAGAUCAUGAAUUCAUCAAGGGUAUAAUAAAAGAAAACGUAGUGCCUUGGAGUGAAAAACUGAUUGAAAUGGAAAAUAAGAAGGUUUCUAAUUCUACAAUUUCUGCCAUGGAACAAGAAUGGUACCAUGAAAAUGAACUGUUUACAUUUGAGGAAGCUUUAGCAAAAAGUUUAACGUCAGGCGAAUUUGAAACUUACAAAGCAAAGAAAGAAGAUCUUAUGACGAAUAAGUUAAACAGAACAUAUUUAAGCCUGAGAGAGAUGAAACUUCUGGCCCAAGAAGUCGCGCCAUCUAAAAAAGUUAUUUUUGAUUGGGACGCUCCAAAGACGAAAGAGGGAUAUUACAUGUUCAAGGGUUGCAUAGAAGCGGCCAUCAGAAGAUCUUUAGUAUUUGCACCAUACUCAGACUUGAUUUGGCUGGAGACCAAAACCCCUGAUCUAGAGCAAGCACGUUCGUUUUCAAGUGAAAUCCAUAAGUUUUUCCCGGCUACCAAGUUAGUGUACAAUCUCUCUCCAAGUUUCAAUUGGAGCGCGCACGGAUUCGAUGACAAGGCACUAAAAUCCUUUAUUUGGGACUUGGCAAAAGAAGGGUUUACGCUGCAGUUAGUUUCCCUUGCCGGUCUACAUUCGGAUGGGGUAUCCUUCUGGGAGUUGGCCAACAACUUUCAAAAUGACGGAAUGAAAGCAUACGUCGAACAGGUACAAAGGCGGGAAAAGGAAAGUAACUGCGAUGUACUAACACACCAGCUUUGGUCCGGCGCAGAAUAUGUUGAUUCUUUGAUGAAAGUAGUUCAAAACGGGGCUUCAUCCCAAACUUUAAGUACGUCUGGCGAGAGCUUCACCGAAACACAAUUUUAG